AUGUUGUCGUGCGUACCUUGCCCCAAAAGGGCACGUUACACUUCGGCCGCCGGAGCUGACGUGGAUCACAAAGUAUCCUCGCAGCCGCCAGUCUUGUCCUCCUGCCGCUGGGCCCACGACUCUCCAGUUUCCGAUCCAGGCGAAACUACUCCGGCACUACAUCUGCCGACCCAAACGCAAUCUGUCGAUCCGCCGGGAAGGAUCACCGUCGAUAGCAUCGACGAGGAAUUUACGAUAUUGAAUAAGGUGGGCGAGGGGACUUACGGCAUCGUGUACAGAGCCCGCCGCCGGUCGACCGGCCAAAUAGUGGCACUCAAAAAGGUCAAGACCUCGACAGCCACAGCCGACGACUCGGAGGUCGAAAUCCUAUCGUCCCUAAACCCUCACCCCUCGAUCACUCGUCUCGAGCAGGUAGCGGUCUCGUCCCGCGGGCCCGUCUUCACUGUCAUGGAGUACGUGGAGCACGAAGUCCGAGCCCUACUCGCCGGCACCAUGAAGCAACCCUUCAGCCCGAGCGAGGCCAAGUGCCUUAUGCUCCAGCUCCUGCUCGGCUUAAACCACCUCCACCAAAAUCGCGUCCUCCACAGGGACCUCAAGACCUCCAACCUCCUCUACAACAAUCGAGGUGAGCUCAAAAUAUGCGACUUCGGGCUGGCCUGUCGGGCCCACGGCCCGUCCGGAGACUCAGUCCCCCACACUCAACAGGUGGUCACAUUGUGGUACAGGGCACCCGAGCUCCUUCUCGGGGCCCGGAGCUACUCCACGGCCAUCGACAUGUGGUCCGCAGGUUGCAUCAUGGCCGAGCUGCUUUUGGGGAAACCCCUGUUUGAUGGGAAUACAGAGAUUGAUCAGCUGGCGAAGAUUUACGGUGUGUUGGGAACUCCGGACGAUAGGAUUUGGCCGGGCUUUUCGGAGCUGCCGGGUAUUGGGCCCAAUAAGGUGAGGUUUCUUAUCGGGCAGAGGCAGAAUAAGUCGUUGAAGCAGCUGUUUCCGAAGAUGUCGUUUAUCGGGUCGCCAACGCUUUCGGAUACCGGGCUCGACUUGCUUAACGGGCUCCUCACGUACCAUCCUAAGAGACGGAUGAAGGCAGGGGAAGCUCUGGCCCACCGCUGGUUUCGGGAGGUACCUCUACCCAAAGAUAAGGACUUUAUGCCAACUUUUCCUCCGAAGCAUUGUGACCGCCAUUUUUAG